AGCCAUGUGAGUUCUGAUGAAGGCGUUACAGUAUAUUUUCAUGCUAUACUUUCCAAGGACUUCAAGUUGGAUACUGGGAAGCACAAAGUUUUUGUCAGGGCACAAGGCAUAUCUGGCUAUGUUAACUGGAAGGACAAUGUCUGUGAGAUGACUUUCACAAAGUGAGUACAAUUUUGUGCAUUCAUUCAAGCUUUGGAAUGGAUUCAUGGGCCAUAAAGAAUAUUGCUAUAUGUAGAAGUGCUAGAUGACGGUAACAAAUAGUAAGAUCUGGCAAGGUAUUUAGUGUCCCCUUUGAUUUUUUUCAGUACCUCUGUCCUAGCAUUCUUGCUUUAUCUUUUUCCAACUCUGCGGUUACUAAUUUCCCCCCUAGUUCAGAUAAGGCAGUUUUCAUUAACCACUGUGUGAUUGGGCCACGCUGAUUGGGAACAGAUGUCUACUUUUAAACAUGUCUCCAAUUAAACAUGAUGACCAGAGGAGAAAGAUAUUACAGAAAGAACAAACGUCAUUUUUAUUCUCUCAUUAGCAAGGUGAAACUGUAAAACUCCUUUGCUAUUUUUAUUAUUGCCAGGAGGUAUGAUGUUACAUUUACAGUAUUGAAAUGUUUUUUUGAAAUAAAUGCAGCAGCAUACAAAUGUUGUUGUUAUCCUUGUUACUUUGAAGUGGUAGUUGUGACUCUUGAUUUUUAAAAACAUUUUGCUGUUUUCCUUGUAAGCCAUUUUGAGCACUAUUUUUCUGUGUGUGUGUGUGUGUGUGUGUGUGAAGUUUGCAUGAUGAUAAUGAAGUAUUGUAACUGGAUGUACCUCUGGGGUGGAGGCAAACCCUGUAAUAUGGAGUGAUGUGGCCAAUACUGGACCGACUUUAAGGGAGAAUAAUGUGUCACUGUGUGAACUCUCAUACAUCUCCUCUAGGAAUCCUUUACUUUAUAUGCACAUCAACAUGCUAUGUAGGCUACUGAAUUCUUGCCCUCUGGCUACUAAGGUUGCUUGCUUGUUCCACAUAUUGCAAUAAUAGCUAUUAGGCUACAUUAUUGUUUUGUAGAUUGUUCCACUAUUAACCUCUUGAGAGUAGAACACCAUCUAUAAAUAGGGGACAGUGUUUAGAAUAGUAUCAUUCAACAUGGGGGAAAGUGGUGAGUUGUGUGUGUGUGUCCUCUUAAUUUAGUAUGUAUGCAUAUCUGAUCUAGCAACACUGUUUAUUCCAGGUCAUUAUGUUUUAAGGCAUAUAACUAUAUAUUAAAUGGUAAAUAUUUGGAGACCUCUCCUUCCAUAAAAGUUAGUUGAAAAGUUUUGCCUAUUGUCAUGCUUUACUGCUAAGAUGUACAUUUGUGUUUUGUUUUUUAAAAUACUAGGGAUCUUGGUGAGCAUGGUCACCUAAUGGAAGGCUGCGUAACUAUUCAUAAGAAUAAUAUCCAAAAACCAAUUCCCUAUAAAUACUAUGCUGCACGUGGGAAGGAUGGAGAGUGGGAAUUCAUUUACAAACCUUGUCAGAAAGGAAUGAUUGUAAAUCGUUUUUUGUUUAUAGAGCCAGCACUACUAUGUGGCACAGGUAAGGAACUAUCUCUGCCGUAUGAUUGUGGUUUUGGUAAUACUUUAUAAACAGGGUUUGUGUAGAUCCCAAGAAAACAGAAAUGGUAUAUAAAACCAUUUCUCCAUGGAAGUUUCUGAAGUUCUGGAACAAGUGCUAGACAUAGAACAGAGUCCAAGUAGCUAGAAGGAAGGCAUAGAUGACAGUAUCAUAGAUGAGAGAAGGGCCAAUAUUGGAGGGCUGCUUGAACACCGCUUCAUUUCUCAGGCCAGCAUCUGGGGAUGUCUAAUAGGAGCUAGUGACUCUGACUGCUGUACUACUGCGUUGCCCAGCCUCUAGCCCCCCAGAUGCUAUUGGACUGCAGUUCCCAUCAGUCCCACCAAGCGUGGUCAGGGAUGAUAGGGGUUGUAACCCAGAGUAUUCAGAUGCUACUAAGUUGGGCUGCUGUAGUAUGAUCUAGCCUCCUGACUUGGCAGUAGACAUUAUUUCUCUCUGUGGGGGUAAUGUUUCCUGCCAAACUGAAAUAUAAAACUCCCCAUUUGCUUGGGGCAGAACUUUCCAAUGAAUAUGGCUAUUAAUUAAAUGAACAUGGAAGCAGUGGAAUUCAGAAAGCACCUCCGUGGAAGUCAGUGGAAAUAUGUAUUUGUUCAUGCUACUUAGCAGUUGCUGAAAUCAUCUGAGGUCAAUGUCCUGGACAUCAAAUUUCAUGUAUUGAACUUCAAAUGGUCUUUAGACCAUUAUAAAAUAGCAAACAAACAUUCCUACUUACGGAAUAUUUAGGGAGAAGAAAGCAAUUAUAAUUGGAUUAUAAUUAGGAUUACGCAGUAAUGAAAGGGGACUUUAUAUAUGCUUGGUACAUACAUUGCAAAAGUCUACAGCUUCAUAAUUUGGGUACUUGUUUCUCCAUUACUUCAGUUAUCAAGACACCCCUUUUACUUUAUUUAGUGUCUUUGCAUCAUGAUCCUAUGUAUGUUUACUCAGAAGUAAGCAAUACAGAGCUUAAUUGCAUUUAAUUCCAAGGAACUGUGCAUAGGAUGCACAGUUUUUCUUAAACUGAUGUUUCUUAAACUCCCCCAGUAGCGGUAGAUGCAGUCUUCUUCCAUGCUAAGUGGGAGACAUGGGGGAAGACCAGGAAUAGCUAUUGCGCAGAGACUUGGAAGAGCUAGCUAAAUGAAAACCAUGCAUAUUUUGUCACACAAAGUCUAAUUUCUCUUCUGUAAACACAUAGAUGUUCAAAUUAUGAUUGGAUUAAGUGCAAAUACAUUUCCAUCAUCAUAAAGGGCUGCAGUAUUUGCAAGUAUCCAGAGGUGGGGCUGCAUUGCUGACCUAACUUCCCAACUCCCUCCAUCGCUGCUGGUUAUUGAAGGGAGCUCAGUGCAGGCACAAUACAGAGCCAAUCCACCACUCCACCACUGUGCAGAUUCCCCCCUGCCCUUCCCCUCUCAAUAAUCCAUAGUGCUGUGUGGCAUUGGGGUACCAGAUCAACAAUACAGCCCCACCAGCCAUUACUGCAGGUAUGUGAACCAGGAGUAGACAAAGCAUCUAAUAUCCAUUCCUUCCACCAGAACGGGCUUUAUUCCCUGCCUUCAUGUUUUCUCUCUUGAUGUGUGCAUUGUGGUAUGAAUGUAGAUGACAAUGGCAGGGUGGAAAACACUUGGCAUUAAUGCAACCUACUUCCCUACCCAUCCUGCAAACAAUCCAUGCAGCACUUGUUUACCUUCUGUGAAUCUGCCAGUUAGCUGAAAGUGGAACACUUGAGGCUUUCCCUCCAAAGGCUCUGCUUUGCAGGCAGAACAAUUUUCAAAGUGUUGACUGCAGCUAGCAGACUGGUACCAGCAGGAGGGAGUGUGGAAGUGAUCCACACGAUGAGGACUCAAUAUGUCGUGAUGUCCAAAUAUUACAGGCGAUAAUGGCGGAUGGCAAAUGCACAUUGGUGCAUAAAGGAAGAGGAAGGUACCCAGUCCUCCUGCUGCUCCUUCCUUUGCCCUAACAUACAGGAGUAAUUAUUAUAUAUAUAUACUUAUUCAUUCAUUCAUCCAUUCAUUCAUACCUCAACCAUCUGGCUGGGUUUCCCCAGCCAUUCUGGGUAGCUUCUAACAGAAUAUUAAAAACACAAUAAAACAUCAAAUAUUAAAAACUUCCCUAAACAGAACUGCCUUCAGAUGUCUUCUAAAAGUAAGAUAGUUGUUUAUUUCCUUGACAUCUGAUGGGAGGGCGUUCCACAGGGCAGGUGCCACAACCAAGAAGGCCCUCUGCCUGGUUCCCUGUAACCUCACUUCUCGCAGUGAGGAACCGCCAGAAGGCCCUCGGCGCUGGACCUCAGUGUCCGGGCUGAACGAUGCGGGUGGAGAUGCUCCUUCAGGUAUACUAGGCCAAGGCCAUUUAGGGCUUUAAAGGUCAGCACCAACACUUUGAACUGUGCUCAGAAAUGUACUGGGAGCCAAUGUAGGUCUUUCAGGACGGGUGUUAUAUGUUCUCGGCGGCCACUCCCAGUCACCCGUCUAGCUGCCGCAUUCUGGAUUAGUUGUAGUUUCUUUGUCACCUCCAAAGGUAGCCCCAUGUAGAACACACUGCAGUAGUCCAAGCGGGAGAUAACUAGAGCAUGCACCACUCUAGUGAAACAGUCUGCGGGCAGGUAGGGUCUUAGCCUGCAUACCAGAUGGAGCUGGUAGACAGCUGCCCUGGACACAGAAUUGACCUGCACUUCCAUGAGCAGCUGUGAGUCCAAAAUGACUCCCAGGCUACGCACCUGCUCCUUCAGGGGCACAGUUGCCCCAUUCAGGACCAGGGAGUCUCCCACACCUGCCCACCCCCAUCCCCCAAAAACAAUACUUCUGUCUUGUCAGGAUUCAACCUCAAUCUGUUAGCUGCCAUCCAUCCUCCAACCGCCUCCCAACACUCACACAGGACAUUCACCGCCUUCACUGGUUCUGAUUUAAAAGAGAGAUAGAGCUGGGUGGUAUCCACAUACUGAUGAACACCCAACCCAAACCCCCUGAUGAUCUCUUUCAGCGGCUGCAUGUAGAUGUUAAAAAGCAUGGGGGAGAAGACUGAACCCUGAGGCACCCCACAAGUGAGAGCCCAGAGGUCUGAACAGUCAUCCCCCAACACCACUUUCUGAACACAGCCCAGAAGGAAGGAGUGGAACCACUGUAUAACAGUGCCCCCAGCUCCCUCCCAGGAGGGAAAUAACUUCUGUUUUUCUUCAAGAGUUUGCGCAUGGCACAAAGUAGUUGCAUGAUUUUUCUCCUCCAGGUUGGGCUUUUACAGGAGACACCAGCAAUUAGUGAAAGAGAUUUCCACAUGUGCAAGGGGAUGGAAGAGGGGAUUUGCCAGAGGGAUGGCCUUUUUUUGCUAUGGGCCUGUAGGCGCAUGGAUUUAUUGAAACCUGAUCUUGUGUUAAUGAAACCUAAAAUAUUUUUUAACAGAUUGGCAUCAGUAUGACGAUAUAGUAUGUGUUAAACCAUCUGACACUUUAUGGAAUACUAUUAAGAACAACAUUCCUGGGCUUAAAAAUCCAGAGAAAGAGGUUGUGAAAGGAAAACAAAUAGCAGCAAAGGUGAUGCUAGAAAGUCUCUUCAGUAUAUUGAACACUUGGACUCCUCUCAAUGUCAGCAGCUUCAUCCAUCAGUUCCAUCAGUUUUUUUUGGUGUAUCGGAAACCAAUGGUAUAUGAGGACAAGCCAAAGGAAUGGACUGAUUUACAGUUUGGAGAAAAAGAGGUAUUGUAAAUCAAAGUUGCAAUUAUCUAGAACAAGAUUUUCUAUAUUCUGAGGUACCACAUGUUUAAAUGAAAUUGCAGGCUUUUUCAAUAGUGUUUCAAAUAUAUGCAAGCACCCUGUUCAGCCGCUGCCUCACCCUGUUCUGCCCCUUUUUGUGACUUUUUGGGUCACUUCUGUGUUCGGCGCAAUGUGUGUAUACACAGUUGCACACACUCAACACACAUUAAUACAAAGUUGCCUGUAAUAAAUCUGAUGGAUCUAUAACAUUUUGUGCAGCCUUUGCAGAGCUAGAGGGACAAUACUCUUAGGCAGCUGCUGACCCAGCCCUGGACUAAUUGCUGCUACCUUCACUUGGAAUGCACUGGCAGAGAAGGUACUCAGUGGCAUUGUGGCACCUAGGCCAUGCAAGCACGCAUGUGUGUGCCAUCAACAGAACCCACCUCACUAGGUCAGCUCGUGGUGCCAAUGCCCCUGGGUGCGCGGGAUGCAGAGGAUUCAUGAAGCCUGCAUGCCAGCUCAGCUAGUGCCAAGCUGGACCACGCUGCGCCCCUGCCUGCCUACCUGAUGCAGCCCUUGGUAGGCAAACCCCCCCCCCCCAACGCUGGGCCAUUCAGCAAGGGAGCUGGGGAGGCGGCAGCAGGGCCAGGCUGAGCGAGAGGGCUCAGAGACCCCCACCAGCAGGCAGGGCAGGACGGGGAUCCCUGCAUGGGGGCACCUGGCUCAUAUUCCCUAAAAAGCAUGCGCCUGGGGCUAUGGCCCCUCCACAUACCCCCACGCUACACCUCUAGGUACACUGCUGGCUCUGUUCUUUUUCAGCUGACAUAUUAUUUAUGCUGGGCACUGAGGAGGUUCCUUGGUACUAAGCAUAAAGAAUGGACACAUCACAUCUGUAAAUGUCACUGUUUUCUGUAUAGAGGAGAAUAAUUACUUUGGAAUGUGCUAUUGGACAUAGUAUUUUCAUUGAUGCUGGCCAUAAGCCAUAGUUAGUCAAAUCAUGCGUGGUAGUGCAGGGAGUAUAAGUAUUCCUCACCUUGCUCCUCCUUUUCUAGAGUGGGGAAACAAGUCAGCCACUCCAUUGUUUAGCUUUGUGGCAAAUCGGUUCAGUUGUGUGAAGCAAAUCAUGAGUGCUGGUUCACAUGUAAUACCAAGGUAGCUACUCCAUGGUUUGUUUACCCAACUCUAGAGAGGGACAAAGUGGGAACUUCUUGAGCUGCAUGAACCAACUUGUGCACAGGUUUGCUUGCUUGCUUGCUUGCUUAUUUAUUUAUUUGCUAGCCUUUUAUAAACUGCAUAAUAUUUUAAAAUAUCUCUUGGGUGGUAUAUGUUUUAAUGAUCUUUAAUAUUGUACAACAAUGAAACAGUAGUGUAUAAACUUCCAAAAUACAUAUAAAAAAAUGAAACUGGAAUUAAUCUAGUUCAGGUGCAUAAAACUGGUUCCAGACUUAUGGGCCAUGGAAAGCCUGGGCAGAUAAGUCCUUUAAAGACAUUGGAAGCAACUAAUGGUUUCUGUUUUAUGUAUGGCAUUAGCCCUGAUUUGUGGCCAGAAUUCUGUGCCAAUCUAACCGUUUAAUGAUAAUCUGAAUAAGCAUUUCAGAUUAAGUAAUUGUCUUCUAAAGAAAAUAGGUGGAGUUGGUUUUAUUACUUUCACCCUUUUCUCUAGAUCAAGCAGUUAAUUAUCAAUUAUUUAAGAGAAACAGCCCAUCCCCUCCUUAAUCAGAACAAUGCAAGCUGUCCAUCUUGGAACAAGGCAAAGAAAAAUAAGCUGGGCCUGGCAGUGAUCACUCUUGUACUAGGAGAAUAUUAUAGCCUUCGAACAUCAAAAGAUGAUCUGGUGCAGUUAUGUAGCCUUCUUUGUUUGGAGAAACCACCAGCAGAUGAAGCAAAAUCUUUCAAAGAACUGUUUCCACAUGAGCUACGGUAUGUAAUUUUGGAUUUGAAAAUUCAGGUUUAGUGUUUUGAAUAGAAAAAUUAAAUGACUAGUGUUUCAAGUUUGUGACAUUGUUUUAGCAGCUCACUGAUAUGCAAAAAUUCCACAGGCUCAUAAUUCUAUACUUCAGGAGGAAUUAAGUGUCAUUUAAUUAUGAUUUUUCUGUCAGCACAAGCAUUUUUGAUUGACAAAUAAAAAAAUCCUUGGGAGAGCCAGUGUGGUGUAGUGGUUAAGAGCGGUAGAUUCGUAAUCUGGGGAACCGGGUUCACGUCUCCGCUCCUCCACCUGCAGCUGCUGGGUGACCUUGGGCUAGUCAUACUUCUUUGAAGUCUCUCAGCCCCACUCACCUCACAGAGUGUUUGUUGUGGGGGAGGAAGGGAAAGGAGAAUGUUAGCUGCUUUGAGACUCCUUCUGGUAGUGAUAAAGUAGGAUAUCAAAUCCAAACUCCUCCUCCUCCUCCUCCUCCUCUUCUUCUAAGAGGGGAGAAAUUUCCGUUGUCCUAGUAGGAGCUAUAUCUCCAUAAAGAUGCACUUGUUGAAUUUUUUGCCUCCUAGAGCAGGGUAUGUCAUUUUAGGGGGUGAAAUUUAACUCUUGCAAACCUCUUCAGUGAGCAGUCUUUAACAGGGGUCAGCAAACUUUUUCAGCAGGGGGCUGGUCCACUGUCCCUCAGACCUUGUAGGGGGCCAGACUAUAUUUUUUUGGGGGAAAUAUGAACGAAUUCCUAUGCCCCACAAAUAACCCAGAGAUGCAUUUUAAAUAAAAGGACACAUUCUACUCAUGUAAAAACACACGGAUUCCCGGGCCAGAUUUAGAAGGCGAUUGGGCCGGAUCUGGCCCCCGGGCAUUAGAUUGCCUACCCAUGCUUUAAAAUACGUUUUUUGGUGUGAGGAAUUCAACUGAGCUAUUUUUGUGAUGGGACACCAUUUAGCUUGGUAAGUAUAUUAGAUGAAGAAAGACAUAAACUGCUUUUGGAAAACCAAAGAAUUUUAGUUUUGCUUUCUGAAAACGUCACAUAAAUAUAUAAUAUAUAAUCUCUUGCCAAUCUAGCAGUUCGAAAGCACAUAAAAGUGCAAGUAGAUAAAUAGGUAUCUCUCUGACGGGAAGGUAAACGGCAUUUCCGUGCGCUGCUCUGGUUUGCCAGAAGCGGCUUAGUCAUGCUGGCCACAUGACCCAGAAGCUGUACGCCGGCUCCUUCAGCCAGUAAAGCGAGAUGAGCGCCACUACCCCAGAGUCGGCCACGCCUGGACCUAAUGGUCAGGGGUCCUUUACUAUAAUAUAUAAUACUUGACAAUCAAUUCUAAUGAUUUCUGUGCAGUUUUACUCAUACUAUACUAUAUUAAAAUAGCUUUUGAAUUCUGAACUUUUUAGUACUCCUUGUUUUGUAAUUUGAAAGUUGAAAUAUUCAGCAUGCCGUACUCCUAGAGAAAAAGUAGUAACUUUAUGAGACACAACAGAAAAAUAUAAUUUGACUCGUUUUUUGUGUGCAAUUUUAAAGAUAGCUGGCUUGGUUCCUGGCUUGGUUCUGCCACUGGCAGAAGUGGAAGAGAUGAUUUUGCUGAUUCCCCUUGCAUGUUUCCUUCCUGAAAAAUCUGCUUUGGAGAUUGGCAAAAAAGUAUCCCAGCCUUUUUCUACUGGGGACCUCCAUUGCAUUGGAUUUGUUGCAGUUGCAAAAGAGACACUUUCAAUCCAAUCCCAUUGUUCUGGCCUUAACAGCUCCUGUGCCUCAUUCAGAAUGCAGCAGAAAUACAACAAAACCAGAAAUUAAUUUGGGGCGACUAUGUUAUUACCUUUUUGUUGCAAUGGUCUAUGUAUUUCUAUAUCAGAAAUGCAGAAGUAUUGUAGAGAGCACCCUAUGCAGAGAACCACAAAGCCUUUGGUUUCAUGCACAAGUACUUUUAAUGCAGGUUUUGUUUAUUUAGAAAAAAUCCUUUACUGGUAGGCGUUAGUUUCUUAUUUCUCUUUCAGUGUGGAACAAUAUUUGAAGAGGUUUUGCAAUCAUUGUAUCGAAGAAAAAAUUAAUGAGUGGCUGUGGACAAUCCCAGCUUUUCAUCUAUUUACUGCUUCUGUUGAUCUUGAGCAUGUUCCUGUGAAUACUCUGCUUGACUCUGAAGAGAAGUGUGCAGGGCUGGAAGGUCUUGUAUUUGUUGAAUGCAGGAAUAAACAGGAACAUAAAAAGUAAGUUUUUAAUGUAUUUGUUACUUUAUUUCAUUCUGAAAUUAUCAGUAGUCACAUUCACUUACUGCACUGAAAAGUGGCAUGAUUUGAACAAGCCUCCUGUCCUCCCUGACUUGUAGCCUCCUUCACUACCUUCCUUAGAGGAUUUCCAAAGCUUUUCUUAUGGCAAGAAGUAGAAUGGGAAUGUUUCUUACAAUAAAGGAAACCAUCUAAGAUCAGGAUUUUCUUGUGUUGGUAGCCUUGUGGUCAAUGUGGCACCCACAGGUGCCAGUGUGCCCACCAGUCCCUGACGCAAUUAUGUGUGGCACAUACAAAAGGCCCUUCAAAAAUCCGUGGUACAUGAGAGACUGGUUGCUAUUCCUAUUCUGUUCCUCUUCUACAUUGUGCAAUUGAGAUAACUCUCCUUAUUCAUCCACCCUUUCAAAAAAUACAUCGGGGUGGUGACCUACUGGGUAUGUUAAGAAAAGGUGGCCUCUUAACCGGGUCCUGAGCUGUAUCUUAAACAUUAGUACCAAAAUAUUGAGCUUGGCCUGAUAGCAGAUUGGAUGCCAGUGCAGAUCCCAUAAGUAAGGUAUAUUAUAUGCUGGCAGCAUUUUGACUUCACAAGUUUAUCUACCUGCUGUGUUCACCACCAAUUGUAGCUUCUGGGCCAAUUCCAAGGGUAACCCACUUGGAGCACAUUGUAGUUGUCCAAUCUUGGGUUCCAAAAACAUAGGCAAUUGUGGUCAAGCUAUGUCCUGCUUCAAAGGAUAAGGAUGCCAGCAGCCAGUACCCACUUGCAGAAUAGUCCAGAGAGCAAAGUCAGAUCACAGAAGAGAAACCAAGCCCAAUCACAGGCCAAGGUCACAUAGGGAAGUCAGAUUCUCAGCAAGGAAUCAUAACUAGUCAAGAAGCUGGACGACAGAAGCUGUUCAAGCAACUUUCCUAAGGGAUUGAAGGUUUUUAUCCUGGUUUCAGCCACCUUCUUUUUCAUUUUGAUCUUCUUGACCAUGCAAAAACCUAUAUUGAAAAAACUAUAUAUAUUGAAUAUAUUUUCUUUUUUCUCUUUCUUUUUUUCUUUUUGGUAGACACUUGCUUACACUAAUGAAAAAUAAGAAACAUUUGAUGAACGGAGAUAGAGCACUGUUCAGGUCAUGGUUCACCUUGCUGCCUCUGGAGGACUUGGUUGAAUUUAUCUCCGAGUUUUCUGCUUAUCCGUUAGAUUGUCUUCUAGGAACCUUUCAUCGACUGAAGAAUUCGCAAAUCCAUUACCGUAACUUUGAGGUUUGUUGUUUAAUUCUGGUUCAUUUAUAGAAGAUCACACCAGCACAAGUUAUAAUACCUCAGCUCCCCACAGAAACCCUUCAGUCAAUCAGAUCUCGUUAUUUUUAAAAUAAAGAACAUUGGUCUUUAUCCUGAUAGUUUGAAUGAGAAGCCAUAGAAUUAUUAUGCAUGAAAGGGACAUUGAGGUCUCUUGAUUAAAACAGCCUUAAGUGAGAGAGCAUAUUUUAUGGGGAAUGAACCUUUGUUAUAGUCCAUACAUAGUGUUCCAUAAAAUAGUCAUACCUUGGUUUUUGAACAGCUUAGUGCUCGAACGUUUUGGCUCCCAAACGCCGCAAACCCAGAAGUGAAUGUUCCGGUUUGUGAAAUAUUUUUGGAAGCCGAACGUCCAACGGGGCUUCUGCAGCUUCCAAUUGGCUGUAGGAGCUUCUUUCAGCCAAUAAGAAGCCUUGCUUUGGUUUCCAAACCUUUUGAAAGUCAAAUGGACUUCUGGAAUGGAUUCCAAGGUAUGACUGUAUAGAUAUUCCAUGGAUUCCCUAAUCAGAACUGUAUAGGAUUAGUAUUGACUGAUCUAUAAUCUAAUCUAAUCAUGGUUACUCUGUCAGGACUGUGUCAUGGGAAUGCCCAACUCCAGCCUUUUCUUCUCUUUCAUUAAUCAUACCUAGGGCUGUUUGGUGCAGCAGUCUUAAAAUUUAACACUGAUUUUUUUUUUUUAAAGAAAGAACACCUAACACUUAAUAACUCAAACCAUAUACAUUCCAAACUUGACAAACCUAACCAUGGUUAUUGUUAAGAUACACCUACAAAAAGUUCAAAACCAAAUUAUUAUUAUUGUUUAUUAAAUUUGUAUGCUGCCCUAUACCCCCAGGUCUCAGGGAGGUUACAACAUAAAAUCACAAUAUAAAAACACAAAUGGCCUUUUUUAAUAACUCCAAACCACAUUGCCAAAUUCAUUUGGCAAAUAAAUAAAUCUAAUAAGUUAUACUGAUUUUAAUGCAUCAAUAAGUUACUGAGGCUGAAAUCCUGUACUUCUGGAGUGAGGAACCUUUUCAGCCUGAGAGCCUAAUUCCCACAUAGACAACCUUCCAGAGACCACAGGCCAGUGGUGGGCGGCACCAGAGGAAAAGUUGGUAAAACAACAGAUACUGUAUAAGUAACUUCUGAACAGUAAGGUACAUUCUAGCUAUUCAAAUGCCAGUUUUCUAUACCAAUCCAUCCAUCCUCCCAACUAGGCAAAUGAGGCUAAAUUAUCACAGUUCAAGGAAGCAUUACAGCCAGGGAAAAGCACGUGAGGAGGGGAUAGAGCAAGGCAAGAUGAGGGGCGUGGCUUGGGGAGAGUCCCAAGGGCCUGAGGUUCCAUAUCCCUACUACAGUGAAACCUCGGUUUUCGAAUGUAAUCAGUUCCGGAAGACCAUUUGACUUCCAAAACGUUUGAAAACUGAAAGUGGAAGCUUCAGAUCAAUAGGGAAACUCAAAACGGAAGCCGCGUCUGAAAAACGUUAAAAAAACGGAGCAUUUACUUCCAGGUUUUCGGUGUUCGGGAGCCGAAACGUGCGAUAACGCAGGCGUUCGAGAACCGAGGUUUGACUGUAUACGUACUUAAUCAGAGCGAAAGUCUUAUCUAAAUCCAUGAGACUUGGUCUUUAGUAAUGUGUAUAUAAAUCCACUGUUAAUAUGUGACUAAAAGUAUUUGUUCCCAAGUGGUUGAAGGGGAAAUUCUUGAGGAUGCUGAGUAUUCUUUUGGAUGGUAACAACUUGGCGUGUUUGGAGUGAGACUGCUCCGGAGUUGGCCAGCUGGAGAUAACUCCACAAUUCAUGGCUGCCGUUGCAUAAAUACCUUUUGGAUCUCAUUU